AUGUCGGCCAAGAGAGCAGCUCCCGCCACGGGCGGGAGCCACUGGAAGAAGGCCAAGACGGAGAAAGAGAAGAAGUGGUACGCCGUCAAGUCUGGCAAGGAGCCAGGCGUGUACGAGACGUGGGAUCAAUGCCAGGCCCAGACCACCGGAUAUCAUGGAGCUGUGUACAAGUCGUUCACGCGCAAGGAAGAUGCCGAGGCAUUCGUAGCGGGCAAGAAGGUCCCGGAUAGGAGCGGAAAGCCGAAGCCGCUGAGAUACUACGCCGUCGCCCGCGGAAACUACACGGGCAUCUUCAACGAUUGGAGUGACGCCCAAGAUUCUACGAGAGGCGCCAAGGGACCUAAGUACAAGAGAUUCGACACGCUACCCGAGGCCGUCGCCUUCAUGAGGGAAUGGGCCGACGAAGAAACUCUAGAUCGAAUCCGGGGCGAGUACGGAGAUGUCUCAGACCCAGAGCUGUCAGAUGAGCAGGAGGAGGAAGAGGAGGAGAUCCUGGAGCCAGGUCUGUUGCGCAUAUUCACGGACGGCAGUAGCUUGAGCAACGGCCGACAUGACGCCGUGGCAGGCGUGGGCGUCUUCUUCGGCAAGAAUGAUCCUAGAAACAUUUCCGAACGUCUUGAAGGCCCAUUGCAAACGAACCAGCGCGCUGAGCUUACCGCCGUCUUGCGCGCUCUCGAGAGCAUCCCGGCCAAGGUAUCAGUGCAGAUCUUGACUGACAGCAAGUACUCCAUUAACUGCGCCGAAACUUGGUGCAAGGCGUGGGAGAAAAAAGGAUGGAAGACGUCAGAGGGGACUGAUGUCAAGAACAAGGACCUAAUCCAGGCUAUCCGAAAGAAGAUGGUCCAACGUGACGAUGCGAAGGCGAAAACUGUCUUCACAUGGGUCAAAGGACACGCCAACACCCAGGGCAAUAUCGAGGCGGACAGACUGGCAAAUGCGGGGGCUUACUGUGCUCCUAAAGAGGCCAAGGGCCGGACGAAGUUGAAGACAGAGAACGAAAAGCCUUUCGACACAGAGUCUUUCGAAGAUGCCCAAUUCGCCGCACUUUUCGACCAUCCGGACACAAUCGGUGCUUACCCUACCCUCACUGGAGCACUGAAACCUUCUAAGGGUCGGACGAAGCUGAAGAAUGAGGGCCGGAGCGACUUUUGGGAUCCCGAAGGCGAGCCUCUCUUCCAAGUUGAGUCAGACGGCGAGAAAGACCAAGGAAACAAGCGACGACGAAGAUGA